AAUUAGAAGCAGCCUCUAAUCUUGAUUCUUGACGGAGCUGCUGUCACAUAAACCCCAAAGCAAACCCUUAUUUACAUCAUCAAUCGAGAGAGAGAGGGAGAGAUCGAGAGAGAGAUGGGAAAAGCCAGGGAGAGAGAGCAGCUGAACCGGAUUCUUGGUGAGCAUCUCAACAUCAUUCACGAAACUCAUCAGGCUUUGGAUCAAACAGCUGAUUUAUCUCUUAAUAAAGUGAGCUGGGAUGAAGUCAUCAAGAUGGGUGAACAAGUUUCGAAACAGGCCACUUUGGUUGGAAUGCUUUGGACUGGAGUAGCUCCUGAAGUUAAAGCUCUUGAAGAGAACAUGGCAUCUUACUUUAAUAUCCUACAGGGUUUCCUCUUGCUUUCUCAUGGUAGUACAGUGGGUGCAGGUCCUACCCUUUCUUCAUACGUGAAUACAUCCAUGAAGCAGGUCAUAGACUCCAGUUUUGUGCUGUGGAAGGAAUCUGUUUCAUCCUAUGGAUCACAUAGUAAAGAGCAGCAAAAGCGCACAAUCCCCCAGUUGGUGGGCGCUGUCUGGGAUGCAUGUAGUGCUCUUAAAAAGACUCCUGCAACAAAUAUCAUGGCAAUUGGGAGAGCAGUUACACAAGUUGCGGUUCCCAUGAAAGAUGUUCUUCGUGAGAUGAAGGAGCUCAAGCCUAGUUCCUCUGAUUCUGCGGAAGCUUCUGACGAGGUUUCAGUUAAUGAAGAAUGUGAACCCCAUGUUGGUGAUAACUCAGACGAUGGUGAUAUGGGAAAUGAUCUGACACCAGAAGAGAUGAAAGUUGCUCAAUGUGCUAUAGAUGUCGUGUCUGACAUGCUUGUAGUUCUGAAGGAGCUUAUUCGCACAGUUACAUUAUUCAAAAAAGAAGAUCCAGAUGGCAGCAGCAAGUAUGUGGAUUCUUUAGAGAAACUUUUAAAGCUGUGUCAAGGAAUUGGUAUUCAAAUUGAUGAGCUGGGAGCUUGUCUUUACCCCCCACAAGAACAUCCUGCCAUUGGGACUGCCUCGGAAAAAAUUUCUGGCAUGAUUGAUGAAAUGCUGGUAGAACUCGACAAACUUGACGUCCCUCGGGGAAGCUUUGUUCAGGCUUGUGCCGAUUCAAAAAGAUCAUUGGGACAACUGGGGUCUGAACUUGGUAACUCCACUGAUACUGAAGUGCUUGCUAAAAUUGAGAGGCUUGAUCUCACCAGUUAAGAGACAGAUUAUACUCCCUCCAUCCCUCUCAUUUCCUCACAGUUUUUUUUCACUGCUCAACACGCAUUCUAAGGCUCUUAAAAAACAUAGUUCCGUAACAUAUUUUUGAGAUUUUCAUUUUGUGUAUAAAAAUUCAAACAUCAAAUUUUUAUUCAAAAGAAAAAAAAUAAAAAAUAAGUUACGGAACUAUGUUUUUUAGGAGCAUUAGAAUGUGUGCCAAACUCUCGCCCCUCGAGGUAAACUACUAGGGGAUACAGGGAGUAUGAUUCUAGUACAGGUUUUUAGCUCCUGCAAGUGUAAACUAGUUCCAUAAUCAUUACACAGUUUUCUUGAUGAGGCCUUGUGCAAACUAUUUGUUUUAGUUUCUGUCUAAAUUCCUAGUAGUUCUGCCUUAGUUCAUUUU